AUGUCGAAUAUUGCCAAGCUUGAAUUUGUGGCCCUUGAUAUUACCGGAAAGAAUUAUUUAUCAUGGGUGUUAAAUGCUAAAAUAUACCUAGAUGUUAAAGGGCUUGGUGAAACAAUCAAAGAGGCUAAUGAGGCAACACCUCAAGAUAAGGCUAAGGCCAUGAUAUUCCUUCGCCAUCACCUUCAUGAAGGACUUAAAAAUGAAUAUUUAACUGUGAAAGACCCACAAAUCCUUUGGAGUAAUCUAAAGGAAAGAGAAAAAGGUUUUGAAAAGUAUUCUGAAUUAAUAUCCUGUCUUCUUGUGGCUGAGCAAAAUAACGAGUUGUUAAUGAAAAAUCAUGAAUCACGUCCUACUAGCUCUACUCCAUUCCCUGAAGCGAAUGUGACAAACCAUAACGAGAAAGAAACUAAAAACAGAGUCCAUUCCAGCAGUAGUGGUCGAGGUAGAAGUCGCGGUCGUGGCCAAUGGCGCGGCCGGGGUCGUGGACGUGGAUAUGGUAGAUGA